UUCGUAUCGUGCAACAUGGUACGGACUUAGCCACGAAGAUGGCUGAUGCGCGUUACGAAAGAGCGAAGGAUAUCACGCGGGGAAGCCGUUUCCCGAUCGCACAGAGAACGCCGUCGUGCCGCCAUUCGGUUGCCUUAGUCACGCACAGUGGUGGCCUAUCGGCACGAUGGUAUACGACAUCAAGUGGAUCAUACCAAAACUACGGAACUCGUCCCGGCUGUGGAGUAUCGCGAGCAGCAUAACCUUCGUGGCGGUGGGCAUUUUCUCGAAAAUCAUCAUAGAAUGGCUGAACAAGACGACGGUGUACAACAAGCACAUUAUCGUGCGCGCCUUAGAUCUCCGGCCGAAAAACGUUCCGCUCAUUACCGUGUCGAAUCAUCAUAGUUGCUUCGACGAUCCAGGCAUAUGGGCGACCCUGGACUUGCGGCACAGGAUUAACCGACGUAAGAUACGAUGGUCGCUCGCCGCGCAGGACAUUUGUUUCACGAAUGUCUGGCAUUCCUACUUUUUCAUGCUCGGCAAGUGCAUACCCAUCGUUAGAGGCGACGGCGUGUAUCAGGAAGCCAUGGAUUUCUGCGUCGAAAGGUUGGCCUGUGGCGACUGGGUGCAUGUCUUUCCCGAAGGAAAAGUCAAUAUGCUUAAGGAAAACAUGAGGUUGAAAUGGGGCGUGGGUAGAUUAAUACUAGAAUCGCCCGUCACGCCUAUCGUGAUUCCUAUCUGCCAUCUCGGUAUGGAUCAAGUACUUCCCAACGAGCCGCCUUAUAUCUUUAAAACGGGGAAGAAGGUUACUAUGAAUUACGGUGAACCCAUAGAUUUUAGUGGAUUACUGGCUGAAUUGCGGGCGUCGAACGCGAACGAGAUGGAGGCGCGAAAAGCGAUAACUGAUCGCAUAGAAGAAGAGCUUUCAAGAUUAAAGGCAACAACGGAAGAUCUUCACACUGUGUUAUGACGAAGAUAAUCUCUUUUUCCGUCAUCCCUUCGUCUAGCCUUAAUUUGCCAAAAAUGUAAAGAAAAUGAUUAAUACGUGACUAAAAGUGAGAUUUGUAUGUAA